CACAGGAGGGUUUGGGGUCACCUGGGGUGAUGACAUUUGAGGUUUUGGGGUGCCCUGGGGUGGUGGCACUCAGGGGACACCAGGGCAGGAUUUGGGGUCACUUGGGCUGCGGACACUGAGGAAAACCGUGGAAGGGUUUGGGGUCACCUGGGGCGGUGGCACUCGAGGAUUUGGGGUCACCUUGGGGACAGAGUUUGGGGUCACCUGGGCUUGGUGACACUUGAGGGACACCAGGGCAGGAUUUGGGGUCACCGGGGAUCAGGGUGACAUUCAAGGAUUUGGGGUCACUUGGGUUGGUGACACUUAAGGGACACCACAAAAGGGUUUGGGGUCAGCUGGGGUGGUGGCACUGGAGGAUUUGGGGUCACUGGGGACAGAGUUUGGGGUCACCUGGGCUUGGUGACAUUCCAGGGACACCAGGAUGAGCUUUGGGGUCAGCUGGGCUGAGGACUGAUGAAAUCUUUUGGGGUUUUUUCGCUGCCACCCCAGGUGACAAACCCGAGCGGUGCCACCCCAGGUGACAAAUCCCCCGGAGCUCCGGGAUCCUCCCGCGGUCCCGGCCCCGCUCUGGCGACACUGGCGACACUGGCGAGGUGGCGUUGUCGCCAGCGCGGGCUUGGGGACAGGAAAGAGGAGCGGCGGCGCUUCCUGGUGGCUCCGUCAUGUGACAGCGCCGGAGCGGAGCCGAUCCCAAAUCCCGGCCCGAUGGAGACGGAACCGGAGCCAGAAGCAGAACCGGAGCCUCACCCAGAGCCGGGCCCCGCCGCGCCCGCCUCCCCCCCGUGCCCGGCGGCGGCGGAGGGCGAGGAUGAGGGUGAGGAUGAAGACGAAGAUUUCCAGUUCCUGCGGUGCGAUGGCUGCGGGCAGGACACGGCGCAGCCGCGGCUGCUGCGCUGCCUGCACACGCUGUGCCCGGCCUGCCUGAGCGACACCAAGCAGUGCCCGCGCUGCCAGGCGGCCACGGGCGCUCCGGCCGUGGACAACCUGCUCUUCUGCAACCUGCGGAGCCGCCUGCAGCUCUGGCGGCAGAUCCGCAGCUCGGGCGGGCCCGGCUGCAGCCGCUGCCGCGCCGAGGCGGCGCUGGUGUGGUGCUCGGACUGCGAGGAGUUCUUCUGCGGGCGGUGUCUGGAGGAGCACCAGUGGUGGCACAAGAAGAAGGCGCACCGGGUGCGCAGGGUGGAGGAGCUGCGGGCGGGCUCGGCGCGGCAGUUCCUGGAGGACACGCGCGGCUCCUGCAGCCUCUUCUGCUCCAGCGACAGCCACCCCGAGGAGAGCCGCGUGUGCAGGUGGGAGCGCCCGCCCAGCCUCAAAUGGGGGCGUGGGACCAAACCUCGUCCCGGCCCCAAAUCUUGUCCUGUCCCCAAAUCUUGUCCUGUCCCCAAAUCUUGUCCUGGUCCCAAAUCGUGUCCCAUCCCCAAACCUCGUCCUGUCCCCAAAUCUUGUCCCGGCCCCAAAUCUUGUCCUGGUCCCAAACCUCGUCCUGUCCCCAAACCUCGUCCCAUCCCCAAACCUCGUCCUGUCUUCCAAUCUUGUCCCGUCUCCAAAUCUCAUCUCAUCCCCAAAUCUCAUCCCAUCCCCAAACCUCGUCCUAUCCCCAAACCUCACAUUGUCCCUGCACCUCAGUCUGUCCCCAAAUCUCAUCCCAUCCCCAAACCUCGUCCUGUCCUCAAAUCUCAUUCCAUCCCCAAAUCUCAUCCCACCCUCAAACCUCAUCCUGUCCUCAAAUCUCAUCCUGUCUCCAAAUCUCAUUCCAUCCCCAAAUCUCAGUCCGUCCUCAAACCUCAUCAUGUCUCCAAAACUCGUCCUGUCCCCAAAACUUAUACUGUCCCCAAAUCUUGUCCUGUCCUCAAAUCUCACACUGUCCUCUCACCUUGGCCUGUCCCCAAACAUUGCCAUGGCCCCAAAUCUCAUCCCAUUCCCAAACCUCGUCCUGUCCCCAAAUCUUGUCCCAGUCCCAAACCUCGUCCCAUCCCCAAACCUCAUCCUGUCUUCCAAUCUUGUCCCGUCUCCAAAACUCAUCUCAUCCCCAAAUCUCAUCCUGUCCCCAAAUCUCGUCUUAUCCCCAAACCUCACACUGUCCCUGCACCUCAGUCUGUCCCCAAAUCUCAUCCCAUCCCCAAACCUCAUCCUGUCCUCAAAUCUCAUCCUGUCUCCAAAUCUCAUUCCAUCCCCAAAUCUCAGUCCGUCCUCAAACCUCAUCAUGUCUCCAAAACUCAUCCUGUCCCCAAAACUUAUACUGUCCCCAAAUCUUGUCCCAUCCCCAAGCCUUGUCCUGUCCUCAAAUCUCACACUGUCCUCACACCUUGGCCUCUCCCCAAACAUUGCCAUGGCCCCAAAUCUCAUCCCAUCCCCAAAUCUCAUCCCAUUCCCAAAUCUCACCCUGUCUCCAAACCUUACCCUGUCCCCAAAACUCCUCCUGUCCCCAAAUUUCAUCCUGUCCCCAAAUCUCACUGCACUCCCAAAUGUCCCCCAUACCCAAAUCUUAUGCUGUCCCCAAACCUUGUCCCCUGCCUUUUCCCAAAACUCAUUCUGCCCCCCAGAUUCAUUCUGGCCCCAAAUCGUCCUGGCCCCAAAUCUUGUCCUGUCUCCAAAUCUCAUCCCGUCCCUGAAUUUCGUGCUGUCCCCAAAUCUCAUCCUGUCCCCAAAUCCUGCCCUGCUCCAGGAGGUUUGGGGGUGAUGCUCCAGUCUGGAAUGUGCUGGAGUGGGAUGGGCCCAAAUCUCUCCUGUCCCAAAAUCUCACACUGUCCCCAAAUCUCGUCCUGUACCCAAACCUCGUCCGGUCCCCAAAUCUCCUGUCCCCAAAGCUCUCGUGUCCCUGCCAGCAUCUACUGUCCGCGCUGCGAGCGGGCUCUGUGCUGUCCGUGCGCGCUGCUGGACACUCGCCACGCUCCCUUCCGCGACCUGCGCGCCGAGAGCCGCCGCCGCCAGGACGAGCUGCGCUCGCUGCGCCGGGACCUGCGGCGCCUCCGCCGCUCCUUCGAGGCGGCGCUGGGGCGGCUGCGGGGCGAGGCGGCGCGGCGGGAGGAGCAGCGGGAGCGGCUGCGGGAGCGCGUCCGCGCCAGCGCCGAGCGCCUGCAGGAGCUGGUGCGCAGCGAGGCCGAGGAGCUGCGGGCGCUGCUGGAGGCGCGGCCGGAGCGCGGCCGGAGCGCGCUGGCGGAGGAGCUGAGCGGGGCCGAGGGAGCGCUGCUGCGGCUGGAGGCGGCCGAGAGGCUGGUGGAGAGGCUGGGGCGCUACGGCGGCGAGCAGGAGCUCAUGGACAUGCAGCCCUUCGUCAAGGCGGCGCUGCUGGAGCUGCGGCGGCUGCAGCCGCCCGAGCCCCCCGAGCUCCGAGAGCCGCCCGACUUCGCCGAGUGCCGGGCGCGGCUGCGGGCGCUGGUGGAGCGCGUCACGGGCCGGCCGGAUGUCCCUGAGGUCGAGGUGGGCCUGGAGAACAACCUGGAUGAGGAUCCAACCCAUCCCAAACCCCGCAGCGUCUCCCCCAGCCUGGAGGAGAUCCACGUGGAGGAGGUGAGGUCCCUCUGUCCCAACCAGCCUCUCCCGCUGCCCUGCUGGAAGCGGCCGCUGCCCAGCAUGGAGAGGGGCAGCCAGGUGUCUCCCAAAGUCCUGAAGCUGGAAUGUGACCACGAGCCGGGCCCCAGCCAUCCCAAAUCCCAGUGGGAAUUCCCCAUGGAGCCCGGCCCCUCCACCUCGCGGCACAACUGCGUCCGUGCCGGCGACACAGAGGUUGGCAGCAUCAUCAUCUGCAGCUCUGACGACAGCGACGAGGACACCGUGGUGGUGACGGUGACACCGGAGCCGCCCCCGUGCUGACAUCCCACGGGAUCCUCCGGCCUCAUCCCGCAAUUCCCGGCCUCCCAUUCCCGGAUUUCUUCUUGGACUUUCCUCUUCUUGACCAAUCCCAAAUUUAUUCCUGGACUGAGCUCUGGUGUUCCGGAGCGGCCCCAAAUCCCACCUGGAUCUGAUGGGAUCUCUCCUUCAAUACUUUGAGGUUUCCUGGGAAUGUUGUUUUCCUCUUAAAUCCUGUCUGGAUUGAUCCCAAAAUAAAAUUUGGGAUGGGAGUUGGGAUCUGUGCUGGCGGAUCCCGUUCCCGAGCCCCCCCAAAGGUGGGGAGAUGAUCCCAAGGGUGGGAUCCCCUCUGGGAUCCCCCAUCAGCGCUUGGAGCUGGGAAUUCCUUGGGAUUGGGAUUGGGAUUGGGAUUGGGAUUAGGAUUUGGGUCAGUUUCCUGGUGUAAUGAGGGUUUAAAAUCCCAGUUUUUUUAUGUCUCCCCUCAAUAAAUCUGCUUUGGGAUAAAAUUCCAGCUUCUUCCUCUUCUCCCCACUCUGCUUUUCCCAAACAAUCCUGAGCAGAGGGAAAACCUGGGAAUUCUGAGGUGAAACCUGUCCCAGCUCCCUGCUCCGGGCACUGAUCCUGGCAUUUUAGGGACAGGAGAAAUUCCCGAGGACAAGGAGAGAUCCCAGGGAUAAAAUUCCCACAUUCCAUGAGUGGAGGAGCCUGUUCCAGCCAUGUUCCCACAAAAAUCCAGGAAAAGAGGGAAAUGGAAUUUCCAUUUCCCAGGAAAAUGAUGUGGGAUUGUCCCGAGGGAAAACAGGGAAUG